AUGGCAGAUCCCGUAAGCUGCGGUGGCGAUGGCGUCGAAUUGAUCAAUGGCUGGAUGGACAAGGUUCCCAGCUGGGCUCAAAUGGCUGCUGAAGCGAUAGCCGAUGACAUACCAAACGAGCGCGUCAGAACACAGUACAUGCAAACGUAUCUAAAUCUCGCUCGUUUCUCGCGCUUUGGUGGGUCGUACGCUGAAUGGCAAGUCGAGAGGAAUAUGUACGAUGUGGAGAUCCAAUGCGACUGGAAACGUAUCGUGAAGAAUGACGGCUACUAUCCCGAAGAGGCCAACAUCCCUUACUAUGAUCUCGUUCAAAAGGUACCAAUUAAAAAGGACGACGCCAUUCUGGAUCUCAAGAAAGGAAUGAGUCUCUCAUACGCCAUCACAAAAUCGCGAGAGACGGACCCAAUCCAAGACGAACCGUGGGACCCUAGAGCACCAGAGGUCAUCACCUUCAAUCCACUUCGUAUGAAGCAAUACAAGUUGUUCAAAAUAUCCGUUGCAACUUCGUCGGACGGUAGAGGUGACGACCAUGUCUAUGGCUGGGUCAAGAUCCUCGAGAACAGAAUUUCUGGCUCCAACACUGCUGAUAAUCUUGCUUAUUUUGCGAUGUUGGUGGAUCUAAUAUUGAACUUUGGUUACGAUGUAGAGGAGGAUGAUUGGAUCAUUGGUGUUCUUCCACUCGUUGCAUUCCUAAAUCUCGUUUGGGAGGAGUCCAUUCCGGCCAUUGACGAAAUCUCGAUUGGCGACACUGAGUUGUCCGAGUUUGUGGAAAUCGAUCAAUGGGCUGCCAUCCAUCGGUUUACGUUUCUUGUCGACUUUAUACAGAAGAGGGAUCCGCUACAUGAGAGCCAAGCGUACAAAGCACUUGCAGAAUGUGAUCCCGGCUUCAGGAAGCUUGAGAUGGUGAGUCAUGUCUUUAAAGACAUGGAUGGCAUCAAGGCGCUGAGUGAAUGGAAUGACCUGGACUAUCUUUACAGUUGGAUCCAGGCCAAUGUUGUUCCGCGCUUGAGUCUUGUGCCCACGGUGAUCGCUGAAGAGGCCGCUGAUGUGUUUCUCAACACCAACUAUCUCGAUUGCUGGCAGUCGCUUGUCACUGAGCACGAAUCUUUGAGUCUUAUUUGUGCUAUUCGCCGUCGCUAG